AAUGUCGUUAUUAAUAACAUAACAUAUCUACUUAUAAGUUAAUAGCAUUAAAAAUUGUUCAAAGUAUAAAUUUAUUCAAAGACUUCAAUGAUUAAAUUACUGAUGCUCAAAACUUAUACUUCUAACGUAUAUUAGUUUUUAAUUUACAAGUGAAAAUGGAAAUGUUUAAUAGACCUAAACCUGGUGAUCAAGAAGAUGACGUUCUUAACAUGCAAAAAGCCUUCCUUGCCGAAAAGCAAAAAAAUCCGAAUAUCCAACCAGCUGCUAAAGUAAUUAAUGCACGAAAACAUCCUGCAGAAAAUUGUGCAACCCCUGAGACUCAAGCUAAAAAGAAAUCCAAGUUUGCAGCAAGUCGUAGUACAUGUACAAAAAAUGACGAAGAGAGAUCCCGUUGUUAUUCUAACGUUCUUGAAGAUGUAGAGGAAAGCCAAUCUAGUAAUAGUAACACAACAUCAAAACUAGAAGAUAAUGUGUUCUAUCCCAUCCCCAAAGGCAAAGUGUUGGGAGAUAUAAUUGAAAGGCCAAAUGCGUCAUGUAAUAUUUCACAUGAAAAUGAAAUGGAAACACAACCUGCUACACAUUUUCCUGAGGUUAAGAAGAUACUUCACUAUCAUGAGUCAAGUAAUGUAAGCAUAUUUGCUCAAGAAAUGUUGAAACUUGGAAAUGUUGAGAAAAAGGAAGCUUUUGAGAAAAUGGAUGUAUGUACAAGUGCCAGUAAACCAUCUACAGUGAAUUCUUUAUCAGAAGCAGAUAGAAAUGCUAUUGAUCAACAAAAUAAUGAAAUAAUUAGUAAAAUGACUCCUGCAGAAAUUGAAGAAGAACGGCAAAAGUUACUCAAAAAUUUAGAUCCUAGCUUAGUUGAGUUUUUGAAAAAGAAACAACUGAAGAAAACAGAAAAGCAUCCUAUUAACAAAAGCACUCUCAGUGAAAGCCUUGAAAAUGCUCCACCUGUAAUAAAUUUUGAUACUAAUGAACCACCCGAAGCAGCUAAUGAAGUUUUAAAACACCCACUAUCUCACACAUGGAUCCAUUUUGAUAACUGUGAAUCAGAAAAAUUAAAGUGGACAACAGAUGUUGCUGCUCCUAAAACUAAAUUGAAACCUGGAGAAACUUAUGAAGCACGCUUUGAUUUUGCCGGCGCUUUACUUGAAUAUGUUCCUGAAGGCAACCAACCUAGAGAGUUAUAUCAUCAUGGUGAAGAACCUCAUAGACCUGGUUAUUCCAUGAAAGAAUUAUUUAAAUUGACUAGGUCACAAAUUCAACAGCAAAGAAUAAUUGCUUUAAAUUGUCUUGCCGGCAUAUUAGAAAACUAUAUGGUGGGUAAUUAUUGGUUCUUAGAUUUACCCUUGGCAAAAAUAUUUUUUGUCAUACGAUUUGCUUUGGAUGAUAAUGCUACAUCGGCACUUCACCCUGCCUUGAGGGCAAUGAGAUCCUUCUUUUUCCACCAUAUUGAUGAGUCUUGUCUAGACAGUACAGUUUUUCUUGAUGAUUUAAAACAACCAUUAUUGAGCCCUCUCACAAAAACUCGGCAAAAUACUAAGGAAUCAAGAAAUGAUCAAGAUUUGAUUAAUUAUAUUCCAGAAAAAAAUGAAGAAGAUGAAAUGACUGAUUAUCAUAUUGCUGAAAACGAUAUUGUGCAAUGUGCCUUAAGAACUGAUAUAUUACCUAGAAUAAGGUACAUAUUAAGUACGAUUCGCCCAAAUUUAAAUACAGUUGAAUAUUGCUUGCAAAUACUCAUAAGAUUAGCAAGAGAGUCUGUAGCUGAAGUGGAUCAAAUACUAAAAUGUGAAGGAAUUGUGGAGAUAAUUGUUAAUGAGUUUUUGCCCAAUUCCUCACAACAUAUUGGUAGAUCAGAUAUUGCAUAUGGUACACCAGUAAUAUUGGCUUUAAAAUUAAUACGUAUUAUGGCUAGUCAUUCUGCAACUAUUGCCAAUGAUAUAUACACCAGAUACUUUAAAGUAAUAAUAGCAAUUCAAUGUUAUAUGAGUGCUGUUAUUGAAGUUGAUCCGUCAACAGUAACUUUACAAAUAGAAGCAAUGAAUACAUGGGCUGUUUUUCUUUCUUACGGAAUUGCUCAACAAGAAUUUUGUGGCAUGUUUCCUAUAAUUAUGAGGCAAAUGGAUUAUCAUGUGCGUGCUACCCAUAUUAUAGAAAAUAGUUAUACUCUUCUGCAUUCUCAUGGAGCGGCCUUGCUUUCUUUGAUAUCUCAGAGUCAAAUUGCUGUGCAAUUUGUACCAAUAUUAGUUUCUGGUCUUUGUAACUGGUCUCAACAAAUUGUUAGACUUAAUGAAUUCUCGUCUGGACACCUGAGACUGAUUACAUCAGCUUAUAAUACUCUGUCUAUUAUACUAUCAAAACGAAAUAUGCAAAACGCAUAUAAUUCGCAAGACAUCAAGAUGCUUAAUGAAAAAUAUAUAAAGCAAAUGAUUCAAUCCAAUGGUUUUGAGAGGUUGUGUAAUGAUAUAUGUGAGAAUUCUAAUCUUUUAUCCAAUGUAACUGAAAUAGAACGCCCUCGACCUUGUGCUACUCAGAUAGGAGCUUGUACUUCUCAACGCAAAAAUCUAUUGACACCUAUAUUAUGUGCAAAAUCUCCAAUUAUAUUUUUAGCAUCGUUAACUAGAUAUAUUCUAGCAACAAAAAACCAUGAGGCUUGUCAAGUCUUACUAAAUAACAGAUCAAUUCAAAGUUAUUUGAAAAACAUUGCAACUUCACAAUUACACAUGAUUUCACAUUGGUUCACACGCAUUGAAUACUCUUUAUUAACAAACAUGCUAAAAUUUUCAUCUCUGAAAGUGAUUAUGGAAAGAAAUAUAAUUUUUCCAAUUGCUUAUAAACUCUCUUAUUUAUUAUCACAAGAAUUUCAAAAGGAAUUGAUAUUUAUAAUGAGAGAGAUCAUAUUCAAUAAAAACUAUUUUCCUGAAGAAAGGCGUUUGGAAAACAUAAAUUUAGAAAAUGAACUUAAUCUUUUGGACAAUUUGAAAGAUACUUGUGAAUGUUAUAUCAGUGUUUUAGGAUUAGAUCAGUGUCCAACGAAUAAUUUAUCACUUUCUGAUUGGAAUCAUAGUAUUCUGCCUUUGGAUUGGACGUAUAUGCCGAUAUUAGGUUUUUAUAGCAGUAGUCAAGAUCAUGAAAAAAGCAACAAUGCAAAAGAAGACCAGCAAAAAGAUAUUAUUAAAUGUUGCCUUCAAUGGCUGAUAAUAUCAGAAUCAUAUAUACCAGAACAGGCCAGUCAUAUGAGUUCAACUGAUAGAUUUUGCAGAUUGUUAUGUGUGUUUUUAUGCCAUAACUCGCUAUUCCUGGAUCAAGAGAUUAAACCUCUGUUGGCUAAAAGCAUUUCGAAGAUAUUUCAAAUUGUGCCUACUCAACCGUUUGACUUUAACAAGCCAUUACAAGGUCUAAGCAGUUUUACUGAUCUAUAUACAAAACUUCUGGAACAUUAUCAAGCUGUUAGUUAUGCGGAUGAAAUGUUUUCAGCUUGUGUACUAGUUCCGUUAGCACAUUGCCACGACAUUUGUUGGAGAAAGCAAAUUUGGUCAGAACAUUCUGGAUUAUUAAGAGUUUUAAAUUGCCCAGAAGAAAAGUUGUGUUAUCCUCUGCAAGCUUAUCUGGAACCAGUAGAAAAGGAUGAAUCAUUAUUAUUAUGUUACAAAAGGGCUCUUCAUGGGUUACUGAGGCCUAAUACAAUUCCUCACAAGAUUGCUAGUUAUCAUGUGAAAAAUGCAAAGUAG